AUGUCCACCGCACUUAUAACCACAACUCCCACCUCCUCAUUUCUUAGUCUUCCUUCCGAACUACGUCUGAAAAUCUGGUCUAAUCUCCUUCCCGGUCCUCGUACUCUUCCAAUCCGCUGCUCUCGAAUCCACAAAUCUUAUUACACUCCUGUUCCCACUUCCGUCCUCCUAUCUAUCUCUUCCGAAACGCGAACUCUAUUUCUCGAACACUAUUCUCUCCUCCACCUAAACACCUCUUACGACUCCACUAUAUACAUAAACUUCGCCCUUGAUACACUUUGUUUUGACCACGAAGAAUGUUCACCUAUCGGAGAUUUGGCCAUGGAUUUUAAAACUUGUGCGCAGAAGGAUUUGAUUGAGAGAGUGGAUAUCGAUGUACAUUUAUGGGAAAUUAUGCGAUUAUUUCGAUUUGAUGCUUUGGCGGAGAUCAGCCAUUUAUAUGGACUGAAGAAUUUGACAUUUGUUUUGAGGGAAUCUAACGUCGAUACGAAUAAUGAAGAGGAUGAGGCUAAUAAUAUGAGGGCGAGGACUAGGGAUGUAUGGGGAGGAAGGAUGUUAAUCGAGGGGCAGACAAUGGAUAGAGAAAUUGCGCAAUGUCAGUGGUAUGUUUCGAUGGUAAAGUGGGAGGUGGAACAUGGGAGUCAUCAAUGGACGGACUGUAAACCGAAUGUGCAGAUGCGCAUUAUAUGA